AUGACAAUGCCGGUGGUCAAAGUGGAGAAAGACUCUGCAGCAGACACUUUGUCUGACUCCAACCAUCCGCCACAGACAGAGGAGCAGCCCAAAGGUCGCAGGAGGAAGAGACCUCUCCAGCGAGGGAAACCCCCGUACAGCUACAUCGCUCUCAUUUCCAUGGCCAUAGCAAACGCCCCGGAUCGAAAACUGACCCUGGGGGGCAUCUACAAAUUCAUCACAGAGCGUUUCCCCUUUUACAGAGACAAUUCAAAGAAGUGGCAGAACUCCAUCCGCCACAACUUGACACUCAAUGAUUGCUUUAUCAAGAUCCCCCGAGAGCCAGGGAGGCCAGGGAAGGGCAACUACUGGGCUCUGGAUCCAAACGCAGAGGACAUGUUCGAGAGCGGCAGCUUCCUGAGGCGGAGAAAGAGGUUUAAGCGCUGUGACUUGGCCACAUACACCGCGUUCGUGCAGGAGACACCAGUUUUCUCUCCCGUCCAGAUUGCCAGGUCAGCUGCAUAUUCCAGCUCGUUCUACUCCAACAUGACCGUCAGUCCGAGCUACGGGCAGCAGCUACCGUCUGCCUACUACCCCUCGUCAUCACCUCCUGGUUUCGGACCAGGUCAGACCCGCACGUUCAGCAUCAACAACCUCAUGGGACACCCGACUCCAGCGAGCAUGCUGGGAGGUCAAGGGGCUGAGGGGAUGCAGCAGCCCAGUCGGAGCUUCAGUCCCGAGGGGCUUCCGAACGGAUCCAGUCCCUGCAGCCUGGGAGCCCCGGCUUUCCAGGGCCAAGGAUGCGGAGGACCCGUGCCGUCCCGCUCCUCCGCCCAUCCCGGGUUUACCUACUCCGGGCAAAGCAUCCACCCACACCACGGCUCAUAUGUACAGGGCCAUACCCAGGGCUAUGCAGCCACGGGACGCCUCCAUGCCUCAGCCCACGGACACGCAGAGUCCAUGGAGCAUUACGGCAGGAUCUCCCCAGUGCAGCUGGGUUCCUUCUCCCAGUAUAACAGUGCUGCGGGUCCCAUCAGCAACACCGGGGGUUACCUGCGACACCCCACAUACCCAGGGAAUAUAGACAGAUUUGUGUCUGCUAUCUGA